GACUUCUUCCGUGUUUACCUGCAGCUCAAAGGGAGUUUUAUAAAUGGGCGUUAGUUUUUGAAUUGAACAGGUCCCAAACAAAGGUGUAAUUUGUGUCUUUGUUUGGUUUGCAGGUAACGGUAGAAAGAAAAGAGAAAGGGAAAAGGAAAGGGAAAUGAGCCGAAAAAGUUUAACCGAAUAAAACGAACUUGAAAGUUUAGUUUUCGUCAAAGUUAGCUGAAGUCGCUCAAAAUGGGAUGUUGUACCAGCACCGAGAGCAAACGUGACUGGAAACCGCUGGAGGAGCGCAGUUGCACGGACAUCCCAUGGCUCAUCAUAUUCACUGUGUUUUGUAUUGGGAUGCUGUGUAUUUGUGGCUAUCCCAUCGCCACAGGAGCUGCGUCCAGGCUUAUCUCAGGAUAUGACAGUUAUGGCAACACAUGUGGCAAGAAUAACACCAAGAUCGAGGGGGUACCCCUCAGCGGCCGGGACAUGACGGAAAACAAGUAUGUGUUCUUUCUGGACCCUUGCAACGUUGACUUAGUUAACAGGAAGAUCAAGUCUAUUGCCCUGUGUGUCUCCAAAUGUCCUGCUGCUGAACUCACGUCUUACAGUGAUUUAAAGCAGUUUGCUCUGAACAAUGGAUCUCACCUCUGCUCCUAUGAUAUUACUCCUACAAGAUACACGGGCCAUGGAGACAGAUUUACUAAAUGUCCCAAACUCCCUGUUGUACCAAGUAAGCCUAUCCCAGUGCUCCACCGCUGUAUUCCUGUGGAUGUUGGCUGCUAUGCUGAAUUCGCCCAGGCAUUCAUCACAUUCGUCAGUGACAACACUGUGCUGCGGCGGAUCGUCGCUGGAGUCAUGGCCAGCAAGGAGAUCAUCAUGGGCCUCUGUGUGCUGGCUUUAGUCCUGUCCCUGAUCCUGAUGGUUGUCAUUCGUUAUAUCACCAAGGUUCUGGUUUGGAUUCUAACAGUUCUAGUAGUCAUCGGCUCCAUAGGUGGGACAGCCGUCCUCUGGUGGCUCUAUGUUGACCACAGGAAAGCCCUUGACAGUAACACCUUAUCAGUAUUUGGGAAAGAAGUGGCCUCAGACAAUGUUAAGGCUCUGCUUAUAUAUGCAAUUGUUGCUACGAUUUUCACGGUGGUUCUCCUGCUGGUGAUGUUCUUCAUGAGGAAGCGUGUGGCUCUCACCAUCUCCCUGUUUCACGUGGCUGGUAAAGUGUUCAUCCACCUUCCCCUGCUGGCCCUGCAACCUUUUUGGACCUUCCUCUGCCUCAUGCUCUUCUGGGUCUACUGGAUUGCUGUGCUUCUCGCUCUCGGGACUUCAGGGAUGCCAGUAAAAAACAACUCUACAGGUGUAGUUGAAUAUCAGAUGCAGGGGCCUCUUCAGUACUUGGUGUGGUAUCAUGCUGUGGGUCUCAUCUGGAUCAGUGAGUUUAUUCUCGCGUUCCAGCAGAUGACCAUCGCUGGAGCUGUGGUCACCUACUAUUUUACCAGGAAUAAAUCCCAGUUGCCAGCAACCCCCAUCCUCUCCUCAAUGUUACGUGCCAUCCGCUACCAUCUGGGUACUCUGGCCAAAGGCUCCUUCAUCAUCACGCUUGUUAAGAUCCCUCGUCUCAUCCUAACAUAUCUCCACAGCCAGCUCAAAGGAAAGGAAAACGCCUGCGCUCGCUGCAUGCUGAAAGCUUGUGUCUGCUGUUUGUGGUGUCUUGAGAAGUGCCUUGCAUACUUAAAUCAAAAUGCUUACACUGCGACAGCCAUCAACAGCACCAGUUUCUGCACCUCUGCCCGUGAGGCUUUCGUUAUUCUGGUGGAGAAUGCCCUCCGAGUGGCCGCAAUCAACACUGUGGGCGACUUUGUUCUCUUCUUGGGAAAGAUUCUCGUAGUCUCCUGUACAGCUUUCGCCGGCGUCCUGGCUCUGAACUACCAGCGGGACUACACCGUGUGGGUCCUACCUCUCCUCAUCGUCUGUCUGUUUGCCUUCCUGGUGGCUCACUGCUUCCUCUCUGUCUUUGAGAAUGUGGUGGACGUUCUCUUCCUCUGCUUUGCUGUGGACACAAAGUACAAUGAUGGCAGCCCUGGACGCGAGUUCUACAUGGACAAGGCCUUAAUGGAAUAUGUUGAGAACAGUAAAAAACAGGGUUUGUACAAGUCUGGUGAUGGAGAUGGACGAGAGAUGAAGCCCAUGGCACGUGGAGGGACUUCAGCUUAACAUCAGAAAGUCGGCCAAAACCACUAAAAAUACACCAAAGUUUAACUCAGAGUUUAUCAACAUUUCACUCCAGGGACAUCGGAAAGAUAACAAUGCAUUUUCUACAGAGGCUGCAAAGAGUUUCAGCUAAAGAUGCAUUGGGUUUUAUUUUUUAAUAUAUAUUUUUGAGUAAGAGGGAUUUAAAGUCUGACACUAAUACAUGUUGCUGUAAUAAGGCAAAGGCUUUUUGGGUGUGUUUUGUCAUAAAUAGAUAGGUUUGCUUUUUUUGUCUGUUUCCUAAGUAACUUUUUUCUCUUUUAUUCCUUUUAAAUAAUACGAACGUUUUGACAUGGUUUAACAUGUUUGGCUCUCUUUAUUACAGAAUUAGUGUUAGCUAUAUUUUAAAUGGUUGGGUGUACAUUUUGUAAUAGAUGGCUAACUGUUUUGUCAAAAGCUGUUCAAGUUGUUUUAUGGUUCCUCAAGUUUUAUACUUAAAUAAAUUAAAAUGCAAAGUUG